AUUGAGGAGGUCAGUCGCACUACAACGAAGAUCUGGGAAAUAAUAACGGCUCUUUAACGGCAAUUAUUCCUGCUAUAAAAAUUAUGAGGAAAAGAAUGUCUGAAGAUCCAAUAAAGCCUUCAUAGAGCUUAAUUUAGGCGUAGAUGCAGAAUAAGACAGAAUUCAGCUUUAACCGGUGGGUUUUGUAUAGUUCAUAAUUAACUUGUGGAAUCCACCGCUGUAAAAUGUGGAGAUGAUAGCUAUCAUUUUAUAAGCUUUAAAUGAGGAGUGGCCUUAUUCCGAAGAAGAUGAUGAUGAAACCCAAUAAGAACCGUGUAAAAGUGGGCAUGUUUAGUCUAGACUCUAGAGAGAAAACCAGGGGAAGAAGUUCCUCAAAUAUUUAAAGGGCUAUCAUCUGAAGAAAAAAAAAAGGUGUAGCUUUAUUCUAAGAAGGUAGGACGAGAACCAGCAGGUGCAGCCGAAGCUUUACCGAAGGCGAUCCAAACUUGAAAUGACAGUUGUUAAACAGUUUCCUAGCAUGAUCCAUCUCUAGAAAGAAAUAUUACAGGACUAUGAUUUGAUGAUCCCAGCUCAAAUUCAGGAAGUUGGAGAAGACAACUGAGUUCCUUUCCAACCCUGAUUCCCGGUGGUGAUUUUGAGAUACAUAUUUCGCUUGCAUUCCAUAGUUCUUGGAUUUCAAAGCUCUGCAAGAUUCUCAGUAACAGGUGAUCAGUUCUGGAUUUUCCAUGCUGUUUUAUUCCUGGAAUGAUUUCAAUAAAGAUUACUUCAAAAUGAUAACAAACAUUAUCAUUUUGAGUAUACUUAUAUGUAUUUCUUUAUCUUUCUGGAUUGUGUCCAUGACCGCAAGCACAUAUUAUGGUAGCUUGCGGCCAAUUUCUCCAUGGCGCUGGCUUUUUUCAAUUUUGAUCCCACUAAUAAUUGCUUCACGAGGAUUUAGGAAAAAGAGUCUUGAUCAUGGUGGAGCAAUAGGAGGUUUAAUUGUUGGAUUUAUCCUCACUGUUGCAAAUUACAGCUUUUUUACCUCCAUGCUUAUGUUUUUCAUUACUUCUUCCAAACUUACUAAGUGGAAAAGAGAAGUAAAAAAACAAAUAGAUUCAGAAUACAAAGAAGGUGGACAAAGAAAUUGGGUGCAAGUAUUUUGCAAUGGUGGUGUACCUGCAGAAUUGGCUCUGCUAUAUAUGAUUGAAAAUGGACCAGGUGAAAUUCCAGUAGAUUUCUCUAAACAAUAUACAGCAUCCUGGAUGUGUCUAUCAUUGCUGGGUGCUUUGGCCUGCUGUGCUGGGGACACCUGGGCUUCAGAAAUUGGCACUGUCAUAGGUCAUGAACCUCGGCUAAUAACAACCUGGAAAAAAGUUCCUGUAGGUACUAAUGGAGGUGUUACUUUAGUAGGUUUAAUUUCAAGUCUGCUUGGAGGCGCAUUCGUUGGUAUGGCUUACUUCAUUUCCCAGUUGAUUUUUGUGAAUGAUUUGGAUAUAUCUGCUCCACAAUGGCCAAUUAUUGUGUUUGGUGGUUCUGCUGGUUUACUAGGCUCUAUCAUUGAUUCCUACUUAGGAGCAACAAUGCAGUACAGUGGUUUUGAUAAACGUACUGGAAUGGUUGUCAACCAUCAGACAGAAAAUGCAACACAUAUUUCUGGUAAACCAAUCCUGGAUAACAAUGCAGUGAAUCUCUUCUCCUCUGUAGUCAUUGCUUUGUUAUUGCCAGGAAUAGCAUGGGGAUUUUGGCCAAGAGGAUGAAGACAAGUAUCGACUUGCAUUUUUUUUCUUCAAACAAGCUGUGACCUAAAAGAUACUCCACCAAAAGUCUUUAUAAUUCUAGACUGGAAUACAUUCCUGCAACUAUUCUGAAAACAUGCGGAAUCACUAGGUUAUUAAAGUGAUACUUCCUGCAGCAGUUUUAGGUAGCUAAGACAGACAGGAAGAGGCGGAGUCCUGAUUUAAUAUUGCUUCUUAUGUAAUAGACUAUAGUUAUCACUUGAGUUAUUACUUGAUAGAAUAUUUGAUUGCACUUCAUUCUCGAUAAUCUAUUAGGCAAAUGGGAACUGGGAAGACUAAAAUAACCUGUGGAUAGAAUGCCACUACAGCUACCUGAAUAAGUUAAGGAUCUUGGUCUAGUGACUAAACUAAAUGCUAAACUUUCUAUAUUAUUUUGAAAUCUAUUUUUUUGUGGGGACCUAUUGUAGCUAGUGAUCACUCUAGGUACAACAUUCAAUACAAUCACAACUUUGCUUUUUGCCAUUAAAAUAUUUUUUAAAAUGUGUAUGGUAUGAAACCUAAUACUGUCCUGUUGGUGCUUGAAAUUUAAAGUUUAAUUUAUUGGGUUUAAAAUAUUAUGUUUAAAAAACAAGAACGUAUGCUUUGGCCACUGUCUGUAAUUAGCUAUAGUUUUAUUCUGGCAUAUGGAACAAAUAGUUAUAUUUGUUCAAAAUUUGUUUGAUCUUUGAGAUGGAUGUUCAUUUUAAAUUGUAAUAACUUACCACUGAUAUCUGAAUAGAUAGGUUUAUUUCUUCAUAAAGAUUGGGCCAAAAGUGAAAUUCAAUUAAACUGAAAGCAACUCUUACUGAUAAAUUACUUUUUAUUUUUCUUGUAUAAUUUUUUAAAAAAUAUAUUGGCAAGUUAUAUUACAAAUGCAAUGAAAAAUUUGUCAGGUUUGUUUGCAAGUAGAUCCAUUUUCCAUAGACUUAUAUUUGUCAUUUUAUAUAAAUCAGAUACUAGAAUUUUUAAUUUUACACUAAUUUUAAAGGAAAAAAGGUAAGACGUUGGUAGAUGCUUCAAAGAGGCUAUCCCUACAGACAAUUUUUAAUAUUGUUUGUAGAAAUUGACUGUUUUCAAUUGUUUUACUUAUCAGUUACAACUGUACAUAAGAAUUCAUAUUAACAAGAAAUGUGCAUAAAGAAAAUUUGAAGAACCAUUUAUAGAAAUUGAUUAAAACAACACAAUAUGCACAUAUGUAAUAUAGGACAUUGGGAAUUUCUGCAAAAAUUAAUAUACAGAUUUCUGUAAUAUAGACACUGGAAUACAUGGCAUAAUAAAGUGAAUACAGCACUAACUAGCAUUGACACUUAAGCAUCUAAAAAUUUGGGUAUUCGUUGGUAAUAGCAAAAUAGAUAAUAAAAUCUUAAUGCAACCCAAGAAAUUGAUUGGAUUGAUGAAGAUCUGGUUAAAAUAUUAUAGAUAUCAGUGAAGCAUUGUGAACUAAUUAUAAAUAAGAAAAAUAGAAAAUACAAUAUUUAAUGGAAUGUAUGAGUUGGGGAGAAGAAUGUAAAUUGAAAUCUUUUCUGUGCCUCGAUGUAUUUAUACAUCGUGAUAAAUAGAGCAGUAGGCAUCUUUUUUGAAAAUACAUGUAGAAAAUGUGUCCCAAAUGAGGCUCUUACAAAUAUGUUCAAAUAAAAGUGACUUUAAAAUGGCA